AUGAUGAGAGAUUGGGAAUUUGGAGGUGCAAUAAGAAAUGGCUCUCCUUACACAUCAGUCGCUGAAAAUAAGUAUGUGGGAGCAGCUGGAGGUGAAGAAGCCACCGGUGAGGUGCUGGCGAACGGGAAAACAGCUAAUGUCGUUACAUUAACAAGCCUACAAGGAAAAGCCAGGGAACUACAGACCGGCGAGACUGAUGUCAAGGAUGGAGAUUCUCUCAUUCAUUCAACGUGGGAACUUCAAGAGGAAGAAAGGAUAACCAGUAUGAAGGUGGAGCGUGAGAAAGCACUGGAGCAUAAAAAUCGAAUGUCAAGAAUGAUGGAGGAUCAAGACCAGUUCCUCACCAAGCUUAUGGCUUCACGUCGCACUGUCUAUGAGGAGAAACUAAAGAACUUCCAAGACCGGCUGAAUGAAGAACGAAAGAUGCGUUUAGAAGAGCGUAAAAAACAACGUAAAGAGGAAAGACGCAGGCUCUACUACAUACAAAAAGAGGAAGAAGCUCAGAGAUUGGAAGAAGAAAAACUUAAGAAGGAGCGUGAAGAGAAGGAACGUUGUGAACGUGAAAAACGAGAAGCAGAAGAGCGUGAAUACCAAGAAAAGCUAAGAAAAUUGGAGGAAACCGAAAGGAAACGCCGCCAGCGAGAAAUGGAAAUUGAAGAACGCGAACGGCGUAAAGAGGAAGAAAGGAAAUAUGCUGAAGAUCAGUUUCGCCGGAAGGAAUCUCAGCGCUGGAGUGACAGAGACUCUGAACGAGAUGGUUGGAGGGAUUCCCGUAUUAUAGAAAGAGAAUCCGAAUGGAGACGCGGAGGAACUGAUGCCGAGUGGCGUCGAGGGGAAGGCCGUGGCUUUGAUGAUGAUAGGCCAGCAUUCCGUCGUGGGGAUGACCGAAUUAGGCGAGACGAUGAUAGGGAGCCAUUGUUUAGAAGAGGGGACGAUGAUCGUGGGCCGUUGUUCAGGCGAGGUGAUGACGACAGGGGGUCUUGGCGGGAUGAUGACAGAGGCUCCCGCCGUGAUGAUGACAGAGGUCCUCGACGUGUGGACGAUUCCAGGCCUGGCCCAUGGAGACCACUUGAUAAACCAGGUGGUGGAUGGAGAGAAAGGGAAAAAGCACGUGAAGAAAGCUGGGGCCCACCCAGAGACACCAGGUCUUCAGAAGAUAACAGAGAUCGUGAUUUGGAUCGAGAUCAAGAUCGUGAUCGCCGUAUUGCAUUUAGAGACAAAGAUGAUGGUCCUUGGAGACGUGGUGGUGGCUCAGAAGAUUCUAGUAGCUGGAGAGAAAUUCCACGACGUGACGACAGGGAUGGUGAUCGAGAUCGUAGAGACUUGCGUGAACGCAGAGACAUCAGGACUCGUAAAGAUGAACCAGAGCGCCGUGCUGCAUCUAUUCGAAGUGAUCGAGAUGAUGGUACCUGGCGACGUGGUGAGGAACGCCAAGGUGAAAGCCAAGCUAAAGAGGUGCAGGAUACUCCUGUGAAAGGUCCACCACUUAAGGACAAUGACCAAGACAAAUCGAUCUGGAAAACUGAUAAGGACAAAGAGACAUCGCGUCGUAUCAAAAAUGUCAUUGAUGACGAAGGCUGGACUACUGUUCGCCGCUAAAUUUAAUCUUCAUGUCCAAUUUACCACGGCAACUAGCUGAAUUCUUUUGAAUCUGAAUAACAGUAACUUUGUGGCAAACUAUCAAAUUUUUUGCAAGUAACCAGUAAAAUUGACGUGUUAAACUGUACGCAUGUACCUAUUUUAGUACAGCAAAUUUAAUACAAGCCGAUCAUGCAGCUAAAAUAAUAGAAGCCUGCUAAAUGAAACAUCUGUUGCAUGUCAAAGCUUUGCCUUUACUCUGUCAACAUUUCACUUGAUAACCUAAAUAUGACAACUGCCUACCUUGAAUUUUCAAGAUUGCCCAGUUUUCUUAAAUGAGCUAUGACAACUUUGAUAGUAAACAGAAUACAGUUAGCAUCUAGUGCAACUGUAAUGUGAAAAGGAAAUACACACCAGCCUACGUCUCUCUCCAAAUUUGAUCAGCUAACAUGGAUAAAGUAGCCUUGCUGUAUAAUGGAGACAUGAUUAAAGGCUUUUAUCAUCCAAUUAUUUGGUACCGGUACAUGUCUUGCCAGUAUGUCUGCUACUUUCACAAAUAAUACAUUGUGAAUUAUUGAGUGUAUUUUUAAAGUCGCAUACUCCCUAUUUAAACCUUUUGCAAUUUGGAGUAUUUUUGGUCAGGUUUGCUACCCCCUCUCACUUGGAUUAUUAACUUGAUUUGGACCUAAUUUUCUUCCCAACUUUAGAAUAAAGGUUUUCCUCAUCAAA